UUUACGCUUAUUUUAUAAACUAUUGUACCUCAACGAGCAGCAUGAGCGCCGCAUUGGACGUACGUGUGUGUAAGCUGGGUGAGCGAAACCAAAUAGAGGAGCUGCGAGAGCUGAUACGGAAAACUAGCAUCAAGGAUCUGACGGCAACUAUCGGAGCCAAGCUGACCCGCAAGGAUUUUAUUAAUUUCUGGAACUACCUGUUGCUUGCCUGCGAUGGCAACAGCCUGGAGACGCAGGAGAAGCGCUUCGCCUGUGUGCGUUGCUUUCUGGACGGACUGCGCAAAGUGGAGAUGGGCCACAAGCUCACCAUCGAUUUGAUAACGCGCAUCUGCCAGGAUUUGGGCAGCUACACGGCCGACCAGCUGAAUUGGAUAGUUGAGCACUGCAUGGAUGACAUGCGGGCGGGCGAUGCCAAGUGCGUGGCCUGGAAGGAUUUGCUGCCGGAGACGUUGCUCGUGCUGGCGGUCAAGCCGCGUCUCAUCAUCAACGGCAUCGCCAUGACAGGCCCCGAGCUCAGGGACACAACUGUGCGUAACCUGAGUGCUAUGCGCUGGCCCAUUGCAAUUCUGACGCCCAUCGCGGACAUGUUCAGCAUGCUGAAGUUGAGCAAUGGCGAGCGUUUCACAGUGUUGAAUAAGUUUGCCGGCGCUCUGCAGGAUUUGUCGCCCAUGGAGCUGCCGGCUCUGUGUUUCCAGCUCUUCUCCAUGUGCACAAGCGCUGCACAGCUGAUCAUCCCGCUGCUGGCGCUGGAAAAGUACUUUCAUAGAAACUACUACAAGCGCCUAUUCUCGGACAUGUGCAGCAACUCCACAGAUCUUGAUAGCAUAGAUGCCUACUCUGAUAAGGAACUGCGCGAGGCGGAGGAGACAGUGCUGCAUCAUUUGAACUAUUGUACCAUGUACCUGCUCAGCGAGCAGCAUGUGGCUAUUAUGCUUAGGAACUUUCUCCACAUGCCGGAUGUCAUAUUGACGCCCUUUAUGCUCAGCGCCAUCAUCUCAAUGACAGCCGUUAAUCGCGAUCCGGAAUCUGCGCGCCUCUCCAGCAGCAUUCUGUUGCCUUUUCUGCGUAGCGUCAUCAAGAACAACGAGGAGGAACAAACGCUGGCUGAAUACUCAGUCUGGUGUCGUGACACGCUGCAGCGCAAACAUGUAGAUUUGGUUCAGGUCUUCACUGUACUCAUCGAUCAGAAUAAGGAUGGCAAGGAUGUGGUCACUCCCGGACUGGUUAAUUUGGCCUUUACGCUGCUGAAAGCACAUAAUGCACCUAAGCUGAAUACGCUGGCCAUUACAUUUCUAACCAAGUUCGUGCGCCGCCGCUUCAUGUUUGGCCAGGGCAUUAUCAAGCGCAUUGCCGAGUGGAUGGUCGUGGAUCAGGAGCAGAAUCAGUUCUCAGAAUGCCUAACCAUGCUAAGCGUAGCGGAUACGUACACGGUCUCGGAGUGCCUGGAGACUAUUACGACUGUCAUGGAGGAUUUUCUUUGGCUGCCGGGCGAGCAAUCCAUGCGCAUGAUGAACUUUAUAUUGCCGCUGCUUAAGCUUUCCAAUCGCGUGCGCGAUGCCCUCAUUGAUGUGCUGCGCAAAGCCAUGACCAAAGACUAUCGCACACGGCGCAUGGCCAUCUUUGGUUAUUGCAUGAUCCUCAAGCAGCUGAACAACAGCAACUCGGCGCGUCAAUCGCAGAAUGCGAACAGCUUCUGCACGCAGCACAGCAUUUCUGGCUACUCGAUGAUGACGCAGAGCUCCUUUGCCACACGCAGCAAUCCGCAGCGCAAUUUUGAUAUGCUCACCCUGGAAAUUAUUGGAAUAUUGCGCAGCUGUUUUGAACAGCAACUGGGCAUACGACGUACGCUGUACGAGAAUCUUCAACGUGCAGUUGAACUGAACGCCAAGCUGGUGCCUCACGUGCUGCAGUUCGUUGACUUUCACUUUCGUGGCUUUUUCGAUACGCCGGCAGCUGUGGAUCAGGCGGCUGAUGAUUUGGACACAAAUUUUACUAUAAAUUACGAACGUCUUGCUAGUGUUAAGGACGAUCAGCUGGAGCUAAAGGAUAAUCUGGGCUGCUUGGUGCAGUUUGUUUCCCAUUGUUUGGCCAUUUUUGAACGUGCGCCUUAUGGCUGCGAUGUGCGUGAGCUGCAGCGACUGCUGACAGUCUGCACACAGCGUUUGGUGACCAAGCGGCUGCCACUGGAAGACACCUCCCCGCCAGCUACACCUUUGAAGUGCGCACGCAUUCAGCAGCAGCUAAAUCUCAUCGAGGGGCUCAUCUCGCAUUCGCUGCUCAGCUCGAAGCCCGGCAAUGAUGCCUUGCGACAGGUGCUGCCGCUGUUUAAACAGCAUCAGAAACUGCUUAAGGAUCUUGGUGCCUUGGCAGACACCUCAAAAAAAGCACAGAAAAAUACAAAGCAGCCAACAACCAACGACAGCAACGCGACUGUUAAUAUCAGUGUGAACACGGUCAAAAUAAAGAGAAUGUGCACGCAGCCGGAGAAUAUUUGGGAUCUGGCUAUAAUCAAAAGGCUGCUCCACACGCUACAUGACGACCAUGUGCCCUUUGCCAGUGCGGCAAACACCGCACCUUUGCGCAGUCAUGAGCCGCUGGUGCGUUAUGUGCUGGAGAUUGCGGCCCAGAAAGUUCAGGCCAUACGCGAGGAGCCGGACUAUAAGCAGCUCUCCUAUAGCAAGCGGACCCUGAAGCUGCUGACUGACAUUACGAAGGUAAUUUACGAGCGCUGCAUACAACGUCUGCCCGAACUGUGGCAGGAUUUCGAUUUGGAGAGUGCCGUGCUGGCGGCCAAGUGUUUUAUGCAGUGUACUCGCACGGCGCACGAGACAUAUGGCAGGCGAUUCAAGGAGUUUGUAAAGGGUUUCGACAUGGCCGUCAUUAACAAAAGCAAGGCAGUUACCUAUGUCCUGCAGGAAGUGCUGGUGCAGUAUAUGAAAGAGGACGCCUGCAAUAAUGCCAACACGCAGCUACUCAGUACGGACAAAAACGGCGCUAAGCUGCCCGUUUAUUUGCUGGAGGCGCUGGAACUAUUCUAUGAUCACAUUGACUAUGGAGAGCGUGCUGCAAUUGAUUCAUACACUUGGCUGCUCGACUUUUGUCAGACACACGAGCUGCACAAUCCAGAAAUGGGUUUGUUGCAUCGCAUGCUAUUCACACAGCGCCAGAAGACGCACUCCGGUCCGUUCUUUGAUGCCGUGGCCAGGCAGCUAGGCAAAGUGCUCGGCUGGCAGAAUGAUGACAACGUCUCGGAGCAGUCGGAUUUGGGCCUAAAGUCGCUUGAUAUGAGCACAAUUGCCACCUGCCUGCAGUAUUUGUAUGCAGCGGUGCAGAAACAGCUAGAAGAUGUGGAAUACUUCGUUAUCAAGGCAAACAAUUUAAACUAUAAAUGCAACAUUGUGCCCGAGUCCGAUCGCGUCUAUUGGCGUGGCAAUUUGGACACAUUGGAGGGUUCCAUUUGCGCUCAGUUAAUACUUAUAACACGCACACUGCUGGAAAUUACAAAUGUGUGUGUACCGCUGGGCAAUCACAUGGAUGGGCUAAUGAAGCUGCUAAUACAACAUUAUACGUGCCUCAAGAAUCUGGCCAGACACUAUUUGGCCAGCAGUUCCGUCAAGAGCAGCAAAUUCGAGCAGCUGCUGCGCAAUGUGGGCAAGCCGCUGCCCGCGAACAUCUAUCAGCUAAUCUCCUAUGUGGAGUACAAUAUUCUGGACGAGCAGGCACAGCAGCCGGCCGUAAAGCGCAAACCGCAGGCAGAACGCGCCAAGGUGCUGCGUGAGACGCGUCUCAUACCUAAAGUAAUAUUGGCCAUCGAGAAUUUCAACAAGCAUAUUAUAUUGCUAUCCAAGAAGUUCAAAACUUACGAUCGGCUGUCGGACUAUCUGCACUUUGGCGCUGUGCGCGAUUUUAAUAUACAAUCAGGUGACCUGAGGGCUGUCAUUGAGCGCACUUAUUCGCACAGCAGCCAGAUUGAGGUGUCCGAUAGCAAUUUGGAAGUGCCGGAUGAAGAUGAGGAGGAGCACGAGCACGAGCAGGAGCCUGAGCAGCAACAGGAGACCGAGGAAGAUGAUAAUGAUGAUGAUGAACAGGAGCCGGAGCCAGAGCAGGAGCCGCCUAAAAAGAAACGGAAAACCGCUCAGAAAAACCAACGAAGACGACGCAUUCCCACCAGCGAUGCGGCAGCAGAGGAGUCACAGCCGAAACGUAGGCGUGGACGCUCCAGCAAGAAAUAAGAGCGACCAUUGAAGG